UCUACUUCACCCAUGUCGAACAAUCUAACCAAGCUUGCUGCAUUAUCUCCUCCAGUCGAAUCCGCCGAACCAGUCAUUGCUAUCGAUCUUGAUGAUGUGCUGAGCCAGACAAACCAUGUCGUCGCGGAAUGGCACAACAAACAAUUCGGGACACAGAUGACGCUUGAGCACUUCUACUACUUCUACUAUUGGAAGAAUCCCUUCUGGGGUACACCGGAAGAAACCAUGAUUAAAGUGAAGGAGUUUUAUAAUACGGACUCUAUUUUUCACGCUCCACCUGUCCCUGGUGCAAGAGAAGGUGUACAAGCGUUGAAGGAUAUGGGCUAUAGGCUAAUGGUUGUCACGGCCAGGACCUCGGAUAUUGCGGAUGCAAGCUGGGAAUGGAUUGAAAAAUACUUCCCUGGUCUCUUCUCCAAUGUCAUCUUCACCGGACAGUUCAAAGACGCGCAUAAGCUACACCAUUCCGAACUGCUGACAAACCUAACCAAAGCUCAAGUCUGUGCUGACGUCAAAGCACAAGUUCUCAUCGAUGAUUCAUCUGAGAACGCCAUACAAGUAGCGACUGCAUCGGAGCCUACACCUGUGCUGUUGUUUGGUGAUUACCAAUGGAAUCGCCGCAUCUCAAUCGCUGGCUCAGAAAGCGACUCAUUGUCAUUUGACCAGCGCUUAGCGGCCAGUCAAGGCAAGGAAUUUUGGAAAGAGGAGACGCUACACAUCCCCGAUGGGACUCCAAUUGAACGGGUGAAAGACUGGAGUGAGGCCCUUCGGUGGAUUAGGGCGGCUCGAGCGGCCGGUAGAAUCUUGUGA